CACGUAAGCUGAAGAAGAUUGGACAACAGAAAAGCCCAGAAGAAGAUCAUGGUGCUCAGGAUCCAGUGGAGGUUAUCCCGAACGUCUCUCCUAAAACUGGUGUGCAACUGAACUCCCACCUGGUCUUCCUCAACAUCCUGGAGUCCAUUGAGCCGGAGGUUGUGAAUGCGGGCCACGACUGUGGCCAGCCGGACUCCGCUGACACCCUGCUCACCAGCCUCAAUGAAUUGGGAGAGAGACAACUUGUCAAAGUGGUCAAAUGGGCAAAAGGAUUGCCAGGUUUCAGAAAUCUCCAUGUGGAUGACCAGAUGACUAUCAUUCAGCAGUCAUGGAUGGGGGUGAUGGUGUUUGCCUUGGGAUGGAGGUCCUAUAAGAAUGCCAGUGGCAGGAUUCUUUACUUUGCCCCAGACCUUGUGUUCAAUGAACACAGAAUGCACGUUUCCACCAUGUACGAGCACUGCAUACGGAUGAGGCAUCUCUCUCAGGAGUUUGAGAUGUUGCAGAUCACCCAGGAAGAGUUUCACUGCAUGAAGGCCUUGCUCCUCUUUAGCAUUAUUCCUGUUGAGGGUCUGAAGAGUCAGAAGUACUUUGACGAAUUGCGACUCACCUACAUCAACGAACUCGACCGCCUCAUCAACUUUCAAACGACGACAAACACAUCUCAGAGGUUCUACCAGCUCACGCGUCUCAUGGACUCUCUCCAGAUGACCGUAAAGAAGCUCCAUCAGUUUACCUUCGACCUUUUUGUCCAGGCUCAGUCACUGCACACCAAGGUCAGCUUUCCAGAGAUGAUUGGAGAAAUAAUCUCAGUACAUGUACCAAAGAUCUUGACAGGUUUGGCUAAACCAAUCUUGUUUCAUAAGUAGAAGGAGAUUUUUUUUUAAAUCAGAAAAUGACUCAUCUUGCAGCCUCCGUAAACUUUAACUAAGGCUUUAAACUGUUUCCCCACAUCUUCAAUCUGACUGCUUUUAUUCCUGCCUUGUAAUCACAGUUUUAUUGCUCAAGGGGUUUGGGGUUUGGAGUGGGGGUUUUUUGUUGGGUUUUUUUUUUUUUUGCCUUUUUAGCCAUAAUUGAGAUUGUUUAUUCAAAACUAUUAAAGCUUUUACCUGAAGAGCUGUCUGACAUCUUCUUAUGACAGCUUUGUGGUUCAUGAGAUCAUAAGAGGAUUGUUUGUGUUUUCUGAUGGAGGAGAGAUUCAGCUUUACAUUUGCAGUUAAGUCUGUAAAACAUGAUCACCUAAACCUAGCAGAGUAAAAACACUGACUGUUCUUUGUGACAUUGUUAUGUAUAAUGGACAAAGAAAUUACAAUAUUAUAAAUAAUAUUUGGAUUACCAAAGUAAAUUUUUAGCUGCUGCCUUGCAGUUCACCUAUUCAUUUCAUGUUUGUGAAAAUGAGAUUCCCGUAUGGCUCAGUCACAAAAAAACCCCACAUCCUUCAUGCUACAGUAGUAAAAUUAGGACUUCAACCUCUUUGUGACUUGAUAGUUGAUAGUUGCCCAAUGAUUGCAUUUUAUUUUUUUCACAUAUCGCGGUUGAUUGCAAGUAGUUGAUGCAACCAACUAUCCAAAGGUUAAGGGUGUUGCAGGCUCAACCUCUGGACAACCACUUUUGCGAUCACAAAACAACUGCACACCUAGUGAGAGGCAACCAGUCUCUAAACAGUUGCAGUCUGACUCAUACUGACUGCAAUCUCUAUCAGACUGGAGAACGUUUCCAAAUAACUGCGGUCUAAUUUAUAAAUGCAGACCGACUGCCUGCGUGUCGCCAUCCGUCAGUCUAUGCUCGCUAUUUGUCGAGGAAUUUUUGAAUUUCUGUUUCAAAUCUAUCAAUGAGGUUCUAGUGGAACUCUAAAUGUAAAUAGAUAAUGUGAAUUUCUGUUUAAUGUGAAUUCCAUUGUGUGAUUUGUAACUCGUGGUAACAGAUUUAUGAUAUGCCACAGUUAAUUGCCGUAACACAAACAGAUUGAUGCUGUUUUAUUGCAGUCACAACAAAGGUACUUUAAAGACAGCAACCGACUGCGAACGGUCGCAGAUUUGGUCACUGUAUUUGAAGGGACCAUUUCAAAGGCAACAAGAUCACAAUUUCAUUGCACAUAGCUGCAAAAAUCUUUGUUCGUGCUGCAGUCUCCAGCCACUGUUUUCGUUAGUGUGACUAGCAUAAAGGACCAUAGUGCCAUGCAGUAAACGGUUUGCAAGACAUAGAUUGUCUAAAUCAUUAAUGGCUCAGGAAAUCUAAAACAUGUAAAAGUCUUUCCUGGGUAAAACGGCUGACCAGUGAACUUGCAGACUUCCGAACUGCCGGAAAUUCAAAUUCCAUAUCAAUUACCGUCGAUUCAUUGAUGUUUUCUUUGGUGACUAAAUUCCAGUCCAGUGAACAGUCAUAGGCCUAAACUUCUGCAAGAACUGACAAAAAUCUCACUUUUUGUGCACUGAUUAGUGUAACUCUUAUAUAUAAUUGUCCAUAUUCUAGUUAUGCCUCAAUAAAUAUAAAGAAACAAAUUACAAAAAUUAUAAAUCCAGUACAGCACUGAUUUAUUUGAAGCCUCUGACACCACAAUACAAUCCCUCAUAGCUGUAUAUUCUGCUCAUUUGACCCAUUGUUAAAGUGUUUCUGACGCGUGAUGUAUACUUUCAGAAGGAGACAAGAACAGAUGUUAAAGACAAGGUGAAAGAUUCACAUUCAUUUCAAGCAUUCUGUGAAUUUUAUUGUCCAGCACUCGAACAUGAUCAGUACUGUGAUUGUUUUGAAACAUAGCGUAGUGUGAAAUUUCAGCAAAGUCAUGAAAAAACUUUGUUUUAAAUGAAACAUCUGCUCACUUUGAAGUACUUUAAUAUUUAGACAUCUUAAGCAGUACAUUGACCUUGUUUGACUUGCAGACCACCACACAGAACCCACUGCUCUUUACAACAGCAAAUAUGCAGACUGGAUAUCUUUGUUUUGUUUUUGUUUUUUUGUAAGUUAAAAAAAGACAGUCUGUUAAGACGUUUCGUUACCCACAGUCAGCGUAAAAUGAACCUCCUUUCUUUAGUGACUUUUCUAUCAAAUGCAACAAUAUGAUUUGGUUAUUGGUGAAUGUCUCAUGAAAAUAUUAAUUCAUUAUGCAACUAAUGUUACAACAGAUACAUUGUCUCGUUUUAUGCAUGCAGAACUCUGUAAAUAUAGUGCCUUUAAAAAGUACCGAUGUUUGGCAUUGCCAUGUACAUUAUUUUAUAAGUUGAAUGUGGCGACAAGCACUCUUAUUUUUCAAGCUAAAACAAAGAUGUGACCAAUUAGAAGCCUCUCGCAAGUGACUCAUGAGAAGCUAACAUAAGGUCAUCAGCUGUAACAGACAGGGCUGCGUGUAGAAUGCACAGCUCUUCGUCUGCACGACAACGCUGUGCUGACUGCUUCGCGCUGUGGCUGUCAGUUUUUACAGCAAGGACUGAAAGUCUUGUAGGGAUACAAGCAAAAAAGGAUGGCACCAAAUACAGGCAAAUACUGAAUGAUAUUCGGGGUGCCAGAGAUCUUAGAUUGCGGCAGUAAUGUUUUACAGAGCAACAAAUUUCAAAUGAAAGCCAAGUCAAAAACUGGAAGGCCCUUGGAUGUGGAAUGUAAGAAUCCUUGACAGGCGCUGCUAAACCUCAGAGAUUAAAACUAAGGAAAAAAAUCUGUGGAAUGCCUUGAAGAUAACCGAUUGCAGUCACUCAACAGCCGAAAAGCAUUCAUUUGCAGAAAUGGAUGCAAUUAUACACAUCUACAUUUCAUUAAAGAAGCGAGUGUUCAAACAUAAGGCAUUCUUUGCCUACAACAUGGCCUAUAUGAUGCAACUGAUUGAUGUAACUGAGACUCAACUGUAGCGCAUCCUGCCUUUUCACAAUCAAGCUGCUCUGUGCUUACGCAAAAGUAACUUCUGUGGUUUCUUCUGCACCUUUUGACAAAUCAUUCACUUGAUAAUGUUUUAUAACUCAGCACUUAACGAGUCCACAUUCCUUUACAAGAUUGUAGAUGCAUGCAUUAUGUGUUUGUGUAGUUGUAUGGAUAACUUUUUGCUUUACAGGAAGCGAUGCACAGACAUCCGUAUAUUACCUGUUUAUCGUAUACUGGCUGGUGGUGUAAUUGUUGUUAAGUACACAGGACAUUUAUCAGAAGGCAUGAGAACAUUUUGUUGUACAGUGAUUGACUGACUGUCAUAGUCAGUUUCACAGCUCCUUUGUAGCCUAUUCAUUCCUAAGCUUUCGUGAAACCCUGUAAAGCAUCCAACUUCAUCUGCACAAAUAAACAUAUUCAUGCUUAUAACUUGUCUUCUUGUACACUACUUGUUAUGUAGAGUGACUAGGGGGAGGAAAGAGAAUACAGUGGACAGCUAUGGGUUUAGACUGAAGGUGAUUUGGCCCUUUGGAAGUUGCACAGAAACCAAUUUCAGGCAUGAUGCAAACAAGACACCUUUCAGCAAACUGAAUUUUUCACAAAGCACAUUGUCUUGAGAAAAAGAUAUUACAUAUGUAAGACUGCUGCAGCGGUUAAGAACUCAUUAAAUUAACUUUGGUUCUAAAUAUUGUUGUUUUAUGCUGGUUUAGCUUUUCUACACAUUUCACAGCGGGCACAGCCAACACAACAGUGCAUUAAUAAGACAUAAAUGCGUCUGUAAAAUUUUGAUACUGAUUUACUCAAAGAAGGUCAUGGUGUUUGUAUUAUUGCUGAAA